AUGUCACGCUCAAGAACCGGCUGUUCAACAUGCAAAAGACGUCAUCGAAAAUGUGACGAAUCCAAACCAUCAUGUCUCGAAUGUCAAAAGAACAACCUCAACUGCGAAGGUUAUGCUCUAAAGUUACAAUGGGAUGUAGGAGUUGCGUCUAGAGGGAAGCUUACUGGUGCUUCACUUCCUGUUUUGAGGGCUGGGAAUGAGAAGAAGAGGGAGAGGGGGUUUGAGAUUGAUGGUACGGAGGGGGCUUUUGGACAGUUCCAGGCUUUGCCGCUGGGUGAUGGUGUUGAGAAUGGCCCGGUAUCGGAUUUACUGGACAUGGAGUAUCCAGUGAUCGAGACUGGUGAACCGCAGUGGCUCCAAAGAAGAAGUGCUCAAGAAAAACACCUCUUCAAAGAAUUUAUACAAAAAACCGUUUUCCUCUUCUACUCAACAUCCACAGAGGAUCCAUUCCCUCUUGAACUCCAACGCCUCGCUCUUCAAAACGAACCACUAUACCUUGGCCUAAUCGCCACACACGUUUACAACACCAACCCCCGAAAUCCACCACCACUAUUCCACGAUCUCUGUAAUCAAAGUCUUCGUCUUUUUCGAGAGCAGUUAAGUCGGUUUGAUGGGACUUUGGAUGGGGGGUUGAUAAAUGCUGGUGUAUUCCUUUGCACACUCCACUUAUUCCAAGGAAUCCCCUGGACAGCUCAUCUAAACCAUAUGAUGUGGGUAUACCACCUCUUCCCGCACUCCAAAAACGCGCAUCGAAUAGGAGAUCUGGAAUAUCGCUUUUCUCUUGAAGCGAUGGCCAUAAUGGAUAUUCCCACUUUUGUUCGAGGGCGCGAUACGCCAACGCUUGGAAUCUGGGGUCUUCUCCGCUCCGCUCAAAGAGCGUCUCCAACAGGGCUAGUUGGCGGUGUCGAAAGUGUCUCGGGCUUACCGCGAAGUCUCCUCGAUAUCUUCGGUCGAAUGGCGCAUGAGGAUGUGGAGAAGGAGUUUGUUGAGUGGGAGGGCCAUGAGGGUUCUAUUCCGCAUGUUCAUCUCUGGGAAGCCUUUCGGCUAUCAGGAAUCUUACUUACUCGUCGACAAAAACGCAUCCCUCCUCACUCACCAUCCAACGAACUCCUCGUAUGUCGCCUAGUAGCCACCCUCGACGCACUAUACGAAACUCGCCAUCGUGAAGAAUACGCUCAUAUCCUCGCUACAAACAGCAUGUUGUAUCCCUACACUGCAGCCCGUCUCGAAGUAACUAUUCUUCAAACAAGACCAACAUGGGUACAAACGCUACGCCGAUGCUGCAGUAUCUGCGAUGCAUACCGCGACACGCCUAAUGCUCUAAUUCUAGAGGAGAUAUUAGAUAACGCGUUGGAAAGGGGCGAUAAUGAUGUUGAUCUUGAUAAAGAGACGAAAUUGAGAGGCGUUGAACUGAGUUUGUUUUAG